UCGGCGAAGAUCUCUACGGCGAGCGAGUGUCAGCCGCGUCCCCCUCCAGCGUGUAGUCGUGGCAGACGUAAACACAGCUGAGCGGAGAGGCGGAGGACUCACCAUGGGGCUCUUCAAUUUUGAUGUCAGAAGAUUGGACAUUUACCGCAAAGUGCCAAAAGACUUGACUCAGCCCACCAUAACAGGAGCUGUAAUCAGUGUAACAUGUAUGACCUUUAUGCUUCUACUUUUCACAUCAGAGCUCCUCCACUUCCUCUCUGGAGAAAUUGUCUCCGAGCUGUAUGUAGAUAACCCUGGUGAGUCAACAGAGAGAAUACCAGUCUACAUUAAAAUAGCUUUACCACGGCUGAAGUGUGAUUAUAUUGGUUUGGACAUUCAGGAUGACCUUGGCCGCCAUGAAGUAGGCUUUGUUGAGAAUACCGUGAAGUCGCCCAUUGGUGAAGAUGGUUGCAUGUUUGAGGCAAACUUCCUUGUAAACAAAGUACCAGGAAAUUUCCAUGUCUCCACACACUCUGCGGAUGAGCAGCCAAAGGACAUUGACUUUGCACAUGUUAUACAUGAAGUUCGCUUUGGGAGCAAGAUUGACAAUCCAAAUGUCCCUGGUACCUUCAAUCCUCUACUUGGGCGUGCUAAGAUUGAUGGCAAUUCACUGGAAUCUCAUGAUUAUGUGAUGAAAGUUGUUCCAACCAUCUAUGAGAGUUCUAGUGGAAACCAAGUCAUUGCUUACCAGUACACUUAUGCCUACAGGAGUUAUGUUUCAUUCAGCCAUGGUGGUCGUGUGGUACCUGCUGUGUGGUUUAGAUAUGACUUAACACCAAUUACUGUUAAAUAUCAUUUCAAGAGACCACCCUUCUAUUCAUUUAUUACCACUGUCUGUGCGAUUGUCGGUGGUACAUUCACUGUUGCUGGUAUCAUUGACUCAUUUAUCUUCACUGCUGCUGAGAUUUUCAAAAAAAUUGAAAUAGGAAAGCAGAGCUGAAUAUCCAAAUAUUAAGAUAGUUUUGCAGGGAAGGAUUGCCACUCCCUCUUAUGUGAAAAACGAUCUUCCUCUUAAUUUGUUUCACUUCUUAACAUGUAUGGCUUCCUCCUGUUUAUUCUCAUAUGUCUGUGAUUCUUUGUUACUGUUGAAGGUUUGCAAAAGAUUUUUAGUGUGUUCAAAUUUGACCAGGGUUGGGAACUUCGGGUUUUUUUCUUGGUUAAUCAUUCAGUUUUCCAGGAUUCAGGUCUUGCAUUUCAUUCUUCCUCCUACAGGGCUUUGAUUCCUUUUGAUUUCAAUGUGGAAAUGCGUGUUUUAGGGGGGUCGUGAUCCUAUUGCUUUAAAGCUCGUAUGUUCAGCCCCCCCCAAAAAAAAGAAAAGAAAAAAAAUUAAAGAUUUUGAUUCAAAACAAUUGAUCCGCUUCAGUGGUCAGUACAAUUGUGAAGCGCACCAAAAAUGAUUCUCUCAAUAAUUUUAUCAUUGCAGUUAAACAAAUUGUAUUGUGUGGAUGGCUCAUAUUUAUAGUAGAAAAGUGAAUGAUUGUUUUUAUAUAUAUAUAUAAUUGUUGUAUCUUUGUUACAAUUUGUGAGAAAUUGUUUAUAUUUUAAAAGUGGAAGUAAUUUUUGGCUGUUUAAUUUCAGUGAGUUGGACAGAGGCUCAUCAUAUGUACAUAUGAUAUAAUUUUAUCCUUAGAUAGCUAGUACACAAACUGAAUCAGACAGAAGGUCACCUUUUGUGUUGCAGUUAACCAAUUAUAGCUAAUGAUAUUAUGAAAAAAAAUACUAGUAUGAGAAUCAAUCUAAUUGUCUUGUGACAUCUGAGACUAUUACUAUUACCUCAAUUUAUAUAUCUGGCCUAAUGCUUAAAAUUAAAUUGGUAUUAAGUGAUAAGCUAAUUUAAUACAACUUAUUUAGUCCAGAUUUUAUAUUAACGACUUAAUGAUCUUGAAAAUGAUAAUACUAGUACUACUUAUUCGAUGUUCUUAUUUUAUAUUAUCAAUUAAGAAUGUACUAUCAAAUCCCAGAAGUAUUCUUUUCUGAGGAAACAUUCCACAAGUGAUUUAUAAUCUGUGGUAAGGUUACAGAUACGACAGACACUUGGCAAUUUUUUUUCCCCCCCCUACGUAAAAUUCAAUUAUGCAUGUUGGAAUGCCAUCAGUGUAAAGCUGUAUUUUUAUACUUAUCAUUCUGAGCAUUCUGUUUUAAUAAAAAAUUGAAUUCUA